ACUCACUCUGACGCAAAACUCAAUUUAAAAUCCUGGUCAAUUCCCAAAUCUUCUCCUAACUACUAUCCAUCGGCGACUGAGGAAACUAUGGAGGUAAAUUACAGAGCUACCACUCAAAUGGUGGCGUUGCUUCUGCUUUUACUGACUUCCGUGAUUCCCACUUCACUCGCUUAUCGACCCGGAGACAUCGUUCCGAUGAGCCGCAUGGGCCAAUACCACGCUACGAGAACCAUUUGGCAUGAUAUGAUCGGCAGGCAUUGCCCAAUCUUCGCUGUUAAUCGUGAGGCGUUGAUUCCGAUACCGAAACCCACUGGAUAUACUGGAGCUGAUCCGUACAAGAUAUCAUUUCAAGUUGGACGAGAAAAAUUUUACGUUCCAUGGCUUUUUGUUAUAAACCGGAAGAGUUCAGAGGUGCCAAUGAUUGAGAUGAAUCUGAGGUACUCGGGGGCUGAUUUGCUUGGUGUCACUGCAAAAGUUGUAGAUAUGCCUAAUAGCUAUGUGGAACUUCAUCCAGACAUCCGUAACCAAUUUUGGGAUCAGCAACAAUGGCCAAAACAUAUUCUUGUCAGAUACACAUGGGAAGAGCAGUCAGAGAUCGAUGUGGCUUCUGGAUUUUAUGUUCUCUUUGGAUCAGGACUGAUGUUGUCUUUCGUUCUCGCAAUCUAUGUUCUACAAUCAUCUCAAGAUAAAUUGGCAAGGUUUGUGAAGGAGACUGUAGCGGAGACCAACAUGCCUGCCGGAGGUGUUGCUAAAGUUGAAUGAUCUUUUCAUGAGGUCUAAGGUCCAUCCCUCUGCAAAAUGUUUUAAGUUUCAAUGACACUGCCAUUUUUAAUAUGCAAGUUGCAUUUGAGCAUGCAAAAGAAGUAGGGUUUGGUGAGGGGAUACCAGGGGGCAAGUUGGAACUGGAUGAUUUGACAAUUGGCAGGAGAAGUUCUAGAAAGCAGCCAAGGGCCACUGUCAGAAGCUGUAUGGACUAAUUUCACAUUCAUUCUUGAUAUAUUUGUAGAUAAGCAAGUUGAAUCAGGUUUUAAGGAACAUUAAUUUUCUUUUUCUUCAACCUAGAUUUGGGUUAUUAUUAUUUUCCGUAGUAUUGUGGCCCCUCUGUCUUUGCUGAAUACUUACUUCAUUCCUUAUACUAGUUACUUCAUACUCUCUACGAAUUUACAGUUAGUUCAGU